CUAUUAUUGCCGGUACCGUCUGUUCUGUAGUCUAAAGUGACUUUUUUCGGGUUCUCUUUUAGUCCUCGGCAAACUGCUAACCCGCCUGCGGCUCCCCGCCUCGUGACUCCAGUCUAAGCCGCCGUGGCGCUACGUGUUUCCGCCGCUGGGGCGGGACGCGGCUUCCUGGGGAGCAGCAAGCGUCUACAAACGCAAACCCCGCUUGGGAGAAAUGGAGGCUGCACCCGACGAGUUAUCCGACACCAGUGCGUCUCUCGUUACAGAUGCCUGCGACUCCGGCAGGCUGGCGGCCCGGCUGCAGGCCCAGCUGGUGGAUGUGUUACGGGAAGUGGAGGACAUGCGGGCUGCGGCGCUGGCGUCUGAAAGCACCAAAGAGCAGGCCGUCGAGGACAUGUGUCGGCGCUGCCGAGAGCAGCUGGACAGUUUGCGGUCCGCCAUCACAGGGUCUUCUGCUGCCUUCACAGCCCAGACAAAAUCUCUGAAAGCCCAGAAAUGCCAGGGAGCGGACCCCGACACAGGGCAGGCCUGUCACCCAACAGCCUCUCCCUCAAAAGACCAGUCACAAACCCUGGCAGAUGGAGAAAGAGAUCCAUCGGAGAUCUUUCAGGUGGAUCUGGAGGGAGUUCAGACAGGCAGUGCAGAGCUCGCAGAGGAGUCCGAAGCAGCCGGACUGUUUGACUUGGAGCUGCAGGGCGGGGGCGACAUGUUUGCCCGCAACUGUGAUAGUGCCUCACUGGCUUCGUUCUCACUAAGUACACCUUCCAUUAGGCGCCGUUUUGGGCCAGAGCAGGAAGACACAGCUUCGGUGAUAUCCUCUGGGACACUCGUUCCUGAAGCCAUCUACAUCCCGCCACCAGGGCACAGGGUCGUCCCAGAGAGUGAGUGGAAUCACCUGCAUGCCGAGGUGAAGCUCUUGCAGGCUUCACUAAGCCAGACCACUGUGGAACUGGACCGGGUUAAAGAAGAGAGGAGCAGCCUGGAAGAAGAGCUGGAGAGGAGCGCUGAGGAGUGGAGCAGGCAGGUGGCACUGCUCACCAGCCAAGUUCAGAGCUCCGAGUCGGUGUUGCAGGACCUGCAGAAAACGUUCUGCCAAUCGCAGAGUCAGGUGCAGGAGCAGCUGGCUGAGCUCUCCCAGUCCCACAGGAAGGUCUGUUACGAGCUGACACGGCUGUCCACCGAAAACCAACGUCUGCGGGGCACCAUCCCUCCACACUCUGGGGCCCUUGGCUCUGUGCAGGAAAUGCCUCACCUACAGGGACCUCCCAGCCACAUGGAGGAGAGGUUACGCAUUGAGAUCAUCAACCUGAGAGAGCAGUUGGAGACUCGCACAGAGAUGAGUGAGGUGCUAGAAGUUCAGCUGACUAGUCUCAAAACCGAAGUUGAACGCAUCCAGAGCGAGAGGCUCCAGCUGGAAUCAGAGUUGGCACAGAGUCGCUGUGAGCUGUCUGACAUGAAGGAGGUGUUGGCCCAGCUGCAGAGGCGCGCGCAGGAGGAUGAUACAGAGAAGAAAGCCUUCAGGCAGCAGCUGGCAGAGGAACGGACCAAGAGCCUUCGGCUGCAGGCUGAGCUGGACACGAGCGAGGUGGUGCAGCGGGACUUUGUGCGGUUGUCCCAAAUGCUGCAGGUCCGGCUAGAGCAAGUCCGCCAAGCCGAAUCUUUGGAUCAAAUUAAGGAAAUUCUGGACCAGACCCAUCUGUCUGAUAUCAAAGAUACCAAAGAAGACUGAGCCAAUCGAGAGUGAGCGAUCACGGGAAAAGGGUGGGCUUCAAUGGUGAACUGCUCAGCUGGCCUGUUGAACUUCAUCUCAGGUGAUUUCUGAUUCUAAACCCAGAAUAAAGAAUGACAUGACUGUA